AUGGCCAGGGUCACCCAGCGACCCUCUGAGGACCUUACAUCUUUCAUAGUUCGGGUGGAACAGAGCAUACAGAGAAAGUUUCCCCCAGGUCAUCUCCGGGACCAGUUUGUAAAAAUGCUAGUGUGGGACGGCAUGACUGCCGACCACAAGCUUGCCUGUGCUGGGCUCAAAGAUCGUUCUAUGGAAAAGUGGGUGGCCCCCGCUACUCAUUUUCACCCCUAUGAUGGGUCAGCACAAUACAAAGAGCUGCUCGCUAUACUCCUUGCCCUGCAAAAAGAGCCAGACCCCAUUAACCUUUUUACAGACAGCUUAUAUGCGGCCAAUCUUCUCCCUGGGCUUCCAGGAGCCCACAUUCGCUUAGAUUGUAAUCCCAUCUCCUCCCUUAUGACACAAAUCUCUGGUUCUGAGCCCAUAGUGAGUGGAAACCAGUCCCUCUGCACCAAAUUCACAUUUAUAGCUUUUUCCUCUCUGGCAGAGUUACAACUUGUACUCUUCAUUGUGUUCCUAAUCAUCUACCUAUUUACUGUAGGAGGAAACCUUAUCAUCGUCUGUCUGAUCUGGGUCACCCCUUCCCUGCACACUCCCAUGUAUUUCUUCCUGGCAAACCUCUCCUUCUUGGAGACGUGCUAUAUCAGCAGUGUGGUGCCCCAGAGGAUGGUGCACCUGCUGUUGGAGAUCAAGACCAUAAGCGUGGGAGGCUGUGCAGCCCAGAUGUACAUAUUUACCAUCUUGGGACUGACAGAGUGCUGCCUGUUAGCAGCCAUGGCUUAUGACCGCUUUGUAGCUAUUUGUUACCCACUGCAUUAUACUCUCCUGAUGGGCCCUCGGGUGUGUUUGAAAUUGGCUGCAGCAUCUUGGAUCACCGGGAUGGUAGUGGAGUCAGCCCAGACCACCUGGAUCUUCACUCUGCCUUUCUGUGGAACAGGGAAAAUUCAGCAUUUUUUUUGUGAUAUUAUCCCUGUAGUGAAACUGGCUUGUGUUGAUACCUCCCGCAAUGAGGUUGUGUUGUUUGCUGUCUCCAUGCUCUUCAUUAUGGGUCCCUGUCUCCUCAUUCUGUGCUCCUAUAUGCACAUUCUAGUGACCAUCCUGAGAAUCCCUUCAGCAGCCGGCAAGCAGAAAGCUUUCUCCACUUGCUCUUCUCAUAUCCUGGUUGUUUCUCUGUUCUAUGGCACUGCCUUGUUUACUUAUCUCCAACCUAAGACUGUACACACUCCAGAAACAGACAAAGCAACGGCACUCAUGUACACAGUGGUCACACCUGCUCUGAAUCCUGUUAUCUAUACCUUGAGGAACAAGGAAGUGAAGGAAGCCUUUCAGAGGGUAACACAAAAGAACGCUGUUAGUCAAAUUGCUUAA